AUGCUUGCCCGCCGCCUUGCCAGCGGCGCCGGCGGUGGCAGCUGGGGCGGCGGCCGCACGUACGGCCCGAGGGGCAACCCCGGCCGGGGCCCCCCGCCCGUACGGGCUGCGGGCUCGGGCUACCCGGGGCUGCCCUCGGCAGCUGCCCCGCAGGACGGCGGCACGGUGUCUCCCUGGGUCGUGGCUGCGCUGGCGCCCCUCUGCGUGUGGACUCUGACCUGGGGCCUCACCAGCGGCCUGGCACACCUGGCAGACGCGUGCAUGGGCGGCAUGUGCGGCGUCGCGCGGCUGCUAUUCCCCGUGAUCACCGUCAGGGGAGUGGGCCACGAGGAUGUGGCGGUCAGCCUGGUCAAGGGCCUGCAGGCCGGCACUGCCGACUCAGCCACCUGGUCGAGGCCCGGCUUGUGGAUCCCAGCGUGGGCGCUGCAGGCCCUGAUGCGGCUGAUGCUGGGGACUGCGGUGGCGGGGACAAGCGUGUCGGCGGCCCUGUCACAGGCCGCUCCCUGGAUGGCGGCCUGCGGGCUGUCUCAGGCGCUGCUGUUUGCGCUGUGCUUGCUGAUCACACUGCCGGUCGGCUCCGGGCUGCAGUCGCUGGUGCAGCGGGCGGAUGCUAGCGGGGAGGAUCGCAGCAGUGAAGAACACACGGACUACGGCGGCAGCAGCAGCAGCAGCAGCGGCGGCGGCGGCGGCGGCGGCAGCAGCAGCAGCAGCGCCCUAGCCUUCAAGCUCGCCGCCGCGCUGGCCUGGCCCUGCAUGAGCGCCGCCUCUGUCGGUGGCGCCCUCGCCGCCAAGGCCUCCGCUGCACCCUCCUUUGGCAUCGCCGUCGGCCGCGCCACCGCGGCGGCCGCGAGCGUGGCACUGCUGCUGACGCUCGGCCUCGCCGCGGCGCGCUUCGCGCGAGAGGUGGGGCGCGGCGAGGCGGGCGACGCCGCGGUGGUCGACUUUGGGGCCCGGGCCGGCCUGCUGUGCGGGGCGCAGGCGGCCGUCAACGGGCUGCAGCUGGCGCUGGGCCUGCUGGGGGGCGGCCUGUCGGUGCGCGACGUGGCGGGUGCGGUCGUGUCGAGCGCGGUGCUGCUGCGGCUGGCCUACACUGCGUGGCUCCUGCAGGGGGAGGCGCGGCCGUCGGCCUGGCUUCGCAUGAUGUCGUUGGAAGCGCUGCUGGCGCGCGCGUCCUGA